GUGCACACGCGUCAUCAUCUUGCGCCUCGGGCUUUGGUCUCCACGUGGACUCGGUGGAACCCGGGGCUGCGCAUCAUGGCGGGAGCAGAGACUGGGAAUACGGUGGGAGCUGAGGCUCCCCAGCCCCAAAAGCGUUAUUACCGGCAACGGGCCCACUCCAACCCCAUGGCGGACCAUACGCUGCGCUAUCCUGUGAAGCCAGAUGAGAUGGACUGGUCUGAGCUAUACCCAGAGUUCUUCGCUCCACUCACUCAAAAUCGCAGCCAUGAUGACCCAAAGGACACGGAGGAAAAACAAGUUCAGGCCCAAGUGGAGUUUGCAGACAUAGGCUGUGGCUAUGGUGGCCUGUUAGUGGAAUUGUCACCACUGUUCCCAGACACACUCAUUCUGGGCCUGGAGAUCCGGGUGAAGGUUUCAGACUAUGUACAAGACCGGAUUCGGGCCUUACGUGCAGCUCCUGGAGGUGGCUUCCAGAACAUCGCCUGUCUCCGUAGUAAUGCCAUGAAGCACCUUCCCAACUUCUUCUGCAAGGGCCAGCUGACAAAGAUGUUCUUCCUCUUCCCUGACCCACAUUUCAAACGGACAAAGCACAAAUGGCGAAUCAUCAGCCCCACACUACUAGCAGAAUAUGCCUACGUGCUGAGAAUUGGGGGGCUGGUAUAUACCAUAACUGAUGUGCUGGAGCUACACCACUGGAUGUGCACCCAUUUUGAAGGUCACCCCCUAUUUGAGCGUGUGCCUUUGGAAGAGCUGAGUGAAGACCCCAUUGUGGAACAUCUAGGAACUUCAACCGAGGAGGGGAAGAAAGUUCUACGUAAUGGAGGAAAGAAUUUCCCAGCUAUCUUCCGAAGAAUACAGGAUCCCACCCUCCAGGCAGUGACUCCCAAUCCCACCCUGCCUGAUCACUGACUGUGUACCCUAUCUCAGCUGGAUCCCAUCUUCCGAGGACUGGAAAGAUCAGACCCCCUUGACCUUCCCAGCUGAGACUUGUGGGGUUGGGAGGCUUCAAUCUCUCCAAGAAAUUGGGGAGUACCUGUAUUCACAGCUCCCCACACCCAGCUCCUCUCACUUUCUUGUCCCUCCACUACCAGCAGAAAGCAAAAAAAUCUGAUUUUGAAGGA